CCCAGAUCUUCCAAGUCUCAUGGCUUGCCAUGGAGACGAAGAUGAAGAAAGAUCUCGCAGAGAUCCUUUAAUCUUGCAUGCUCAGGGGGAGAAAUUCGUCCAGGACGGGAGCUUGGAUUACUAUGGAUCUCCAGCCGUGGCUUCUAAAACAGGGGGAUCUCGCCCCUCCACUGCGCUCGUUCUCAUUGUCUGCGGCUCGCUCUCGCUCUAUGGUGUCUCCUACAACUUGGUCCUCUUCAUGGUCUCCAAGCUCGGCCUCUCCAACGCGGGGGCGGCGAUCCAGGUUAGCAUAUGGAAUGGCGUCCACGACUUGUCCCCGCUGCUCGUCGCUUACGUCUCCGACUCUCACCUGGGACGAUUCAAAACAACUCUGGGUGGUUCUCUGAUCUAUUUCUUUGGAUUGGCUUUGCUCUCGCUCUCGGUCCUGCUCGUCGAGAACAAAGUUCCCGCAACUUGGCUGUUCUUCGUGGCGCUCUACGUGAUUGCUCUGGGGAAAGGAUUUGCAGCGUCGCUACUGGCAUUUGGGGCCGACCAAUUUGAUGGGAAAGAUCCGGUGGAGGCAGCGUGGAAGAGCUCGUAUUUCAAUUGGAGUAACUUUAGCACGUCCCUGGGUCUUCUCCUGGCAGUGGUGGGAGUGGUGUAUAUCGGAGAUCGGCUGGGUUUUAGCAGUGCUCUUUUCGUUUGCACGGGGGUGAUUCUUUUCGGGAUCAUGGUAUUUUCCAGCGGCGCCAAGUUCUAUCGAUAUGCUCCCAGCUUGACAGGAAACCCAUUCGCCAGGCUCCUGCAGCGUGGAUCUCACAAGGGUGAUCAUUCCAACUUGGCGGGGAUUUUGGUGGUGUGGCUCGGAUCGGUGGUGUACGAGACAAUGAAAACGCAAACUUUCUCGCUCUUUGUUGAGCAGGCCGCGCUCAUGGGCACAAUAGUUGGCGGCUUUCGCGUCCCGCCGGCAUCGCUCAACUCGUUCGAUCCGAUCAGCGUUUUGGUGUGGAUGGUCGUCUACGAUCGAGUCUUGGUCCCGGUGAUGCGUCGAGCGACGGGGAACUCGCGAGGUUUUACGUUGUUCCAGAGGAUGGGAGCCGGGCUUGUCAUGAUGACCGCGGCUAUGGCGUGUGCGGCGGUGCUGGAAGCAAGUCGGCUCGCGGGUUUCCACAGGGAGCGAGUUCAGACCAACGUUUUGUGGCAAAUCCCCCAGUUCGUGCUUGUUGGCUGCUCGAAAGUUUUCUACUGCGUGGGAUUGAUCGAGUUUCUCUAUGAUCAAGCUCCCGAGAACUUGAGAACUGUGGCCGCGGCCAUGGCGUUCUUCUCAUCGUCGGUGGGGAGUUUUCUUUCCGGAUUUCUCGUGAGCAUCACGUCGGGCAUCACUGGAGAGCAAGGAUGGAUCCCGCGAGAUCUCAACAAUGGGCAUUUGGAUUACUUCUUUUGGCUGCUCGUCGCGCUGGGCAUUGCAAACUGGGUCAUCUUCUUGGCCUCGUACAAGUUUAAAGACGUUUUAGGUCUCUCAAAGAGAAGGCUCUAG